GGUGCUGGGGGUCGGUGAACGCUGCACGGUAACCAGCGCCAUUCAGCGACGGGGAAGCGGACACCGGAGAGAAAGCGACGCCGGCGACACGAGCAUUAUUGUUUCCGAGGUGGAGAAAACCCAGCAGAACCCGGGCGGUACGGGCUGAUCUUGUCACAGAAGAAAGGAGCGCUAAAGAACCUGCAGAAACCAUCAGUGUUCGGGGAUGACUCGGAUGACGAGACAACAGUUGGGGAGAGUCUGCAGAGAGAAGCUAUCAAAAAAAGGAUGAUGAAGCAGACACGUUUGGAAAUGCAGAAGGCCCUGGAAGAGGACAGCACGGUAUAUGACUACGAUGGCGUGUACGACGACAUUCAAAAACAAAGAAUUGAGAGCAACAAAAAAAUUCUAGGAGGCGCUGACAAAAAGCCAAAGUAUAUCCAGCACUUAAUGAAAGCAGUCGAGGACCGAAAGAAAGAACAAGAACGAAGGGAAGAGAGGAAGAUCCAGAAGGAACGAGAGGCAGAGGGGGAGAAGUUUUCCGAUAAAGAUGCUUACGUUACCUCCGCCUACAAGCUGAAGCUGCAGGAGCAGAAGGAGGAACUAGAGAGGGAGAAGAGAGAGGCACAGAUAGAAGCUGCUUUGGACGUGAAGAAACAAAAAGACCUGAGCGGCUUCUACCGACACCUGCUGAAUCAGACCGUAGGAGAAGAGGAGAUACCAGAUCGCUCAGCAAACAAACCUCAAACCUCACAGCUUCCAAAAGACGCAGAGAGGACUUCACCUGUUCCCUCAGCUACGUCGCAUGACAAUAUCCCGAGUUCGUGCAGUGACAGUGAGGAGGGGCAUGAGCAGAAGUCUGGGUUCAACAAGCCGGGGGCUGGCUCGACACACUCCAAGCGCCAAUAUAGACAGAGGUCGCCUUCAUCGGGAAGCGGAGACGAUAAGGAGAAGGAAAGAGAGCGGGAGAGAGACAGACACAAGAAGAGUCACAGAGAUCUAGACAGAGACAGAGACAGAGGGAGGGAUAGAGACAGAGAUAGAGAUAGAGACAGACACAGGGCAAAGGAAAGGGAUGACAGACAUGGAGGAAGAAGAGACGACAAGGAGAGAAGGAAAGACAGAGACAGAGAGCGAGAGCGAGGCAGAGAAGAUGACAGGAGUAGAGGCAGGGGAGAUACAGAGAGGGAAGACCGGCACGGGAAAAGGGCGAGGAGCCCGAAAGAAAGAGAGAGGGAUAAGAACGGGGAAAGAGAGAAAUCGAGGAAUCCAGUGGAGGACGAACGAGAGGACAAAGAUGGGGAAGAAGAGAAGGAGAAAAGAAAGGAAGCCGAGAAGGAGAAGACGGUGAAGAAGGAAGAAACAGACCCCGAAAACAAGGAAGAAGCCGGAGAAAAGGGAAAGGGCAAAGAGGAAAUGGAGGGAAAGGUGAACAAGUUUGCAAAGCGCAGCACGGAUCAGACUGUGGGUACGGCGAGAGACCGGUACAUGGCCAGACAGAUGGCGCGCUCGUCCUGUAAGAGCUAUAUCGAGAAGGAGGAGGACUGAGCGCUGUCGGGCGCAAGAAUCAAACAUCUCUGAAUUGCAUAAAACCUUUAUUUCAAUUAAGAGGAUACGACUUAUGAUGUUUUCUUCUUCUUCUUCUUCAACAAAUCCCCUUAAAAAACAUGUUACUUUCCUCUUCCCAAGGUUCCUGGUUCCCACUGAAAAUAUAGUUUGAUUUGAAGACUCCAUAAUGUCCUAAAACAGCUGAUCACCAUUUCACAAACGAGUAAAUUUGUUUGAGACUUUCAUCUGUGGAUUAAUACACAUUCUACUCCAGAUUAACUCCAGUGCUCAUGUUCAUACUUAUGAAACAAUGUAGUACAACAAUGCAGCUUAUUGGUGUUUUUUUAAAAUAUUCAUGGCCAACAACAGAAGGAAAAGCCUGUGAAUACAUGGACAACGCAUUUUAUUGGAUUUGACGACAAUGAGAAAUACUCAAACUUUCUUGCCAACCUUGUCCCAUUCCAACGGGACUUGGGACUGUUAUAGAUGGAUUUAAUUUUUGUGAAUUAAAUCCAUCACACACAGGAAUGAGCGCAUAAACCGAACUGGGAAGCUGGACGAGUGCGGAACGACCUGUGAACCAGUGAUGUUGUGUUUAAUCACUUCUGUUGAGGUUUUUUGUAACUUUCUCUCGUAAUCAGUGAUGAGUUAAUAAAAUGAUUUCCGGUC